UUGGAUUAACUUGGUCUAGAUCCAGAAUUCGCUCUCCCCAAUUUUAUCCCAACAAAAAAUAAAUUUUUUUAUGGUUUCCGUUAAGUUUGCAUUACGUGAUUAAUACUUUUCAUUGACUGAAUAGUCAAAGUCCUCCAGUUCUUGUCCAGACGCUGCUAUUUCACACUAAUUCUAAUAAUACACAGUACAUGUUCGUGUGAGCACAUGUAUCCAUAUAUUCCAUGUUUUCAUGCCAAAACUACUCUGCGCAAUUGUAUACGUUUUGCAUGGGCAUUGGAAGUUUACUUAGAAUGGCUAGUGCUCUUUACUUUGGGUUCUUCUUCCUAGUCCUGUGCAUUAACAAUUCAAGUUUUUGCAGUGGAACCUCCAAAUACAAUGUGGGUUGCAUAGAAAGUGAGAGAGAAGCUUUUCUAAAGUUCAAACAAGACCUUCGUGAUCCUUCCAAUCGUUUGGCCUCUUGGGUUGAUGGUGCAGACUGGUGUAAAUGGAGUGGGAUUAUUUGUGAUAACAUCACUAGUCACGUCCACAAGCUCCUCCUUAGAGGUCCUUAUCCUCUUGAUGAUUUUGAAACUGAUGAGCUAACAGAUGCAUACAAAAGGGCGUUGUUGGGUGGUAUGGUAAACCCUUCCUUGGUGGAGUUGAAGCAUCUGCGUCACUUGGACUUGAGCAGCAAUGAUUUUGGAUCAACACCUAUCCCUGAAUUCUUUGGCUCUUUACAGAGUUUAAGAUAUCUCAAUCUUUCUCAUGCUAAAUUCAGCGGUGUCAUUCCUCAUCAACUCGGAAACCUCACACAUUUGCGGGUUCUUGAUCUCGGAAAAGUAGCAGUUGAUGUAACUUAUGACGCAUUUGGCGUGCAUUUGGACGGGUACACAAAGAGUCUUCAAUGGCUGUCUCAUCUUUCAUCAUUGCGAUUCCUAGACAUGGGUUAUGUCAACCUUUCGGAAGCAUCUGAUUGGCUAGAGGUAACUAAUUCACUCCCUUCUUUGACAGUCUUGCACUUGUCGUAUUGCCUACUCAACUUGAAUGUUCCUCCACUACUAUAUCAUGUCAACUUUUCAUCUCUAGCCACUCUUGACCUUUCGCAAAACUAUUUUCAAAGCUUUCCAAAAUGGGUUUCCGAUUUGAGAAGUUUGGCUUCUCUUGAUCUAAGUCAAACUACACUUGGUGGACUUGGUGGUGGUCCAAUCCCUGAAGGUAUUGAGAACAUGACUUCCCUAGUGCACCUCGAUCUUUCAGAGAACAAUUUUAACACCUCAUCAAUACCCAGUUGGUUCUAUAAGUUGCAUCUUUUGGCUUUUCUCGACCUUACUGAUAAUGCACUCGGAGUUACAGUAUCAAGCCACAUAACAAACCUGACAUCUAUGAUUAUGCUCGACCUCAGUGGAAAUCACCUUGAAGGGAAGUUGCCAACAUCCGUGGGAGCUCAACUUUGCAACUUAAAGGAAAUCCAUUUGCAGUAUAACAACUGGAACCAAUCGAUAUCCCAAGUGCUAGAUAGUUUGUCCGGGUGUGUUUCUAGUAAUCUUGAGGUUUUGGAUAUUGCGUUCGGUCAAAUUUAUGGUCAGUUAACUGAUCAAAUUGGGCAAUUCAAGUCUCUGACCCAUCUUGAUCUAUCGGAUAAUAUGAUUUCUGGUCCAAUUCCAGCAUCACUGGGAAACCUUUUGUCUUUGAGACAUCUGGGACUUAGUUCUAAUCAUUUUAAUGAAACUUUACCUGAAUCUUUCAAGCACCUUGCCAAAUUAGAAUAUUUGGAAAUUAGCUCAAAUAAUUUUAUGGAGGGAGUUGUUUCAGAGGCUCACUUUGACAAUUCCAAAAGAUUGAGAUAUUUAGGAGCAGGUGGAACUCCAUUAACUCUGAAUGUACAUCCUAGCUGGGUUCCUUCAUUUGAACUUGUUUCAUUAGACUUGAAAUCAUGGCAUUUAGGACCGAAAUUUCCAUUGUGGCUACGUUCACAGGAGAAUCUUUCUAGCUUGGUCUUAUCAAACACGAGUGUUGAAGAUGUCGUUCCCUCUUGGUUCUGGGAUUCUUUUGUAUUCUCGUAUUUGGAUCUUUCUCAUAAUCAAAUGCAUGGAAGAAUUAAGAAACUGUCAAAGAUUGGUUUGGAUUAUAUCGACCUUAGCGACAACCGCUUUGAGGGGCCAUUACCAAGCAUAUCUUCCAAUAUGGCUAAUUUAGAUCUUUCGAACAAUAUGUUUUCUGGUUCCAUUUCUCAGUUCUUGUGCAAUAGGCCGAGUGAGCAAAUGAAUUUGGUGAUUCUAGAUCUCUAAAAUAAUCAACUAUCUGGAGCAAUAUCCAAUUGUUGGUUAAAAAAGUGGAAGAAUUUGAUCAUCUUGAAAUUAAGUUACAACAACUUUACUGGUACUAUUCCAUCUUCUCUAGGUUCAUUGAUUUUGCUUCAAUCAUUGCACUUACGAAACAAUAACCUUUCUGGAGAAUUACGUCUGUCUUUACAAAAUUUUACUGAAUUAAGUACACUAGACCUCGGUGGGAAUAAGUUUGGGGGAAGGAUUCCUAUUUGGAUUGGAACAAGACUCUUAAAUUUGAAGAUUCUUAGCCUUCGUUGGAAUGAGUUCCAUGGUCAUAUACCUGAUCAACUAUGUGCUCUUAGUGCUCUUCAGCUUUUGGACCUUGCACAUAACAACUUGUCAGGUUGUAUACCAAAAUGUGUUUCCAAUUUCUCUUUUAUGGUUGCAAGGGACGAUUAUUUUGUGUAUACACUGAAUGUCACAGCUUCAUCCUUCAAAGAGGAUGCCAUACUCGUAAUGAAAGGUCGAGAGUUUGAAUACAGUGGACAUCUAGACUUGGUUACUAGCAUUGACCUGUCUGGUAAUUUUUUGUCAGGACACAUUCCUACAGAAAUUACUAGUCUCGCGAAUUUGCUAUCAUUGAACCUGUCGAAUAACCUUUUAACAGGAGAGAUCCCUCAUGGAAUGGGUAAAAUGGGAGCAUUGGAGUCGGUUGAUUUUUCUAUGAACAAGCUCUCAGGGGAAAUCCCUCCAAGUAUGUCCAAUUUGAGUUUUUUGAGCCAUUUGAACUUGUCCUACAACAAACUGAGGGGAAGGAUCCCAUUAGGCACUCAACUCCAAAGCUUUGAAGCAUCCAGCUAUAUCUGGAAUAGUCUGUGCAGUCCUCCACUCACCCAGAACUGUAGUGGAGAUGAUGUAAAUCCCACAGUUGAGAACAAAACGAGUAAUGGAGAUGAGGAUAAUGAUGACAAUGAAUUGUCAUGGUUUUACUUGGGCAUGGGAAUGGGAUUUGCUAUAGGAUUUUGGGGAGUCUGUGGAUGCAUCUUCUUCAACAGAACAUGGAGGCACAAUUACUUUUGGUUUCUUGACCGCAUGAAGGACAACAUCUAUGUGGCUUCAAGCUUAAAGGUGAGAUGGUUCAAAGAAAAGUUAGGGGACUGCUUUCAUAAUGCUUGAACGUCUCAAAUGCGUCAUCUUUUACAAGGUUCUGAUAGUAUCUAUGCUGGUUCCUGAAAGAUGAAGAGUUGCAGAACUUGAGUCCAGUAGGCGACUCAAACUUUAUGUUGCUUUUACUUUUAAAUUGCAGAUAGAUCAAAUUUCAAAUGCUUGGGAAUUGCAUUUCUGCAUUUGAAUUUUGAAGGAAACAAUUAGUGUAAUAAAGGCAGUUACUUUCAAUUUGGCCAAAAUAAUUGUUGAGCACGUCUUUACUUAUUUUGAUUUGGACUGGAGUAUAAGCCUAAUAU